AUGUCUCUUAUGCUACCAGAGAAGUUUCAACACAUUCUUCGUGUUAUGAACACGAAUAUUGAUGGUCAAAGAAAGAUUCCCUAUGCUCUAACUGCCAUCAAGGGUGUCGGCCGUCGUUAUGCUACCGUUGUGUGCAAGAAGGCCGAUAUUGACGUCCGCAAGAGAGCCGGUGAACUUACUGAAGAUGAAAUUGAGAAACUUGUAACUGUUAUGUCCAAUCCACGUCAAUACAAGAUCCCUGACUGGUUCCUAAACAGACAAAAGGACAUUGAUGACGGCAAGCACACCCAAAUUCUCGCUCAAGGUGUUGACAGUAAACUCCGUGAGGAUUUAGAGCGUCUAAAGAAGAUUCGCGCUCAUCGUGGUCUUCGACACCACUGGCUCCUUCGAGUUCGUGGUCAGCAUACCAAAACUACUGGUCGCCGUGGACGUACUGUUGGUGUUUCUAAGAAGAAGUAA